CAUGGCGGGCGCGGGGCGGCUUCAGGACCUGGACCUCAGCGCCGAGGAGGCCGAGCGGCUCCAGCGCGCUUUCCGCGACGAGCGGUUCCGCGAGCUGUUCGCAGAGUACGCGGCCGAGCUGACCGACCCCGAGCAGCGCCGGCUGUACGAGGAGGAAGUGGCGGCGCUGGAGCGGGAGCGCGGCGUUGAGGUGCGCUUCGUGCACCCCACGCCGGGCUUCGUGCUGCGGACGAGCCAGGAGGGCUCCCGCCGCUGCUACAUCAAUGUCUGCAGCAAUGCCCUGAUGGGGGAGCCGCGGGCCCGCGCCGAGCGCGGCGGGCAGCGCUGGGAGCUGCCCUACAGCCUGGCCCCGGGCCGCGAGGAGCUGCGCCCCGCCGGCCGCCGCCGCCUCCUGUACGACGUGGUGUUCCACCCUGCCGCGCUGCGCCUGGCCGCCCGCAGCGCCCGCUUCCGCCGCCUGCUCUGCGACACGGCGCUGGAGGCCGUGGAGAGCCGCUGCGGGGUGCGGCUGGACCGCAACAACGCCACCGUCCUGCGAGGAGUCUCCUACAAAGGCGUCCCACAGGCGCCCGUCAUCCGCUCCCCGCUGCCCGGCGGCGCCCCAAAGCCGCCCGACGACGGGGAGUCCCCGCUGCCGCCCUUCCCCUUCCCGCCCGCCGCCGCCCCAAAGCCGCCCGCCGCCGGAGGCUCCUCGCCCGCCGCGCCCCCGCCGCCCUCCGGCCCCACCACGCCGCGCUGGAGCAUCCGCCACCGCUCCUACGUGGACCUGCAGGACUACCGGCACAGCCGCGACUCUGCGCCCAGCCCGGUGCCGCGGGAGCUGGUGGUGACGGUGGAGCUGCCGCUGCUGCGCUCUGCCGAGCAGGCGGAGCUGGAGAUCCGCGGGCGGGAGCUGCGGCUGGACUCGCGGUGUCCCGCCUACCGCCUGUGGCUCCCCCUCCCGUACGACGUGGACGAGAGCGGCGGGCGGGCCACCUUCAACAGGGCCCAGCGGCAGCUGCAGGUCACGCUGCCCGUGGUGCCGCCACCGGGCCCGCGGGAGCGGCGGGAGGAGGCCGGGCCCGCUGCCGAGGAGCCGGCGGAGGCAGGGCCGGCAGAGGCGGGCGGCGGAGCGGCUCCUCCUCCGGAACUGGGCCCUGGCGGCGCGGCCCGGAGCACGUGUGGCGGCGGGGAGCCCGGUGAUCUACUCGCCGAACCCCCGGCUGAGGCACUUUGUGAUCCAUCUGCCCAGCCCCUCGCUGAACUGUCCGUAGAACCACUCUGUGACCCGCCCGCUGAUCCCGCCGAACCCCUCACUGAACCCCCCGUGGAUCCAACCUCUGAACCCUUUGCUGAUUCCCCCGCUGAACUCCCCGCUGAACCUGCCACUGAUCCAAGCUCUGAACCCCCUGCUGCUCCAACCACUGACCCCCCCUCUGAACCCUGCGCUGAUCCACCCGCAGAACCACCCAGCGAGCCCCCGGACCCGCCACCGCCCUGCUCCGGUGCCGCUUCCCCCAUGGGCAGCCCCGAGCCGGCCGUGCCCACGGGGGACACCCCUCCGCAGGCCUCCGAGGAGACGGCCAAGUGCCCUCCUUUCCGUGCCCGGCAGGACGAGGCGUCCCUCACCCUGCUGCUGCUGGUGCCCGGCAUCCAGCCCCAGAGCCUCCACGGCAAUGUGGGCACGCACCAUUACAGCCUCCGCUUCUGCAGCGACACCGCUGCCUUCGCCCUCUUCCUGCGCUUCCCUCCCGCAGCCGCGCUGCUGAGCCCCGAGAGCAGCGUCAGCCUCUCUGCCCACAACGCCGUGGUGCGGCUCGCCAAGGCCCCCUGCAGCACCGGCCUCUGGGACAAGUUCAGCUUCGGCCUCGACCCCUCCGCUCUGCAGGAAAGAUUGUUUGUCAGUGAGGAGAACGUUGAUGGAUUUCUAGGCACUGCUUUCUGCCCUUCCCCUUGCUCCCAAUCAGCACUGGAAAGGCAGCCAUUAAUUGAAGUGCUGGAUGUUACUGAGGACAGAAUUCAAAUCAGGGUGGAGCCACAGGAACUUGAUGGAGAAGGAACACUUGGCAGCUCGGGGGGAGCCCUUUCUGGAAGGACCGACAGCAACUACCCCGAAACAAAGGCAGAAACAGAGUGUCCUGCAGCCGAGGGAGGUGCUGCAGGGUCCAGCCCCGCUCCCACAGCUGGAACAAUAGGAAAAGCAGGCUGUGCUUCACACCAUUGUUUGCAGCAUGAACCUCCUGCCACCAGUUCAGCGAUUCCUGGCGGAUCUGGGAGAAAGGAGCCCGAUUUAGAAAGUGCUGCUGCAGCAGGACACACAGCCCCGGCCCCAGGCUCUGGAAAACAAGGAGAAGUGUCAGGGGAUGAGGAUGAGGAUGAGGAGGCAGCCCCAGGGCUGGGCAGCAGGGCAGGAUCCCCCGUGCUGCGGGAGGUGAACCCCGAGGACGGGAGCGUGCGGAUAAUCCGCGAUCACCGCACGUGCUGCCCCGUUCCCUUCCACAACUCUUUGCUCUACGAGCUGGAUUAGUUUCAUUGAUUUAAGGAUUUCCUUCUGUUGUUUGAUGCUUGCUCUGACUUCCAUGUGAUGAUUCCAGAGCCCAUGGGUUCCCACUGAAACCGGUGCAACACCAAAACCUUCCUUAACUUAAAAUUGUUAAUAAUUUUCUAAUCACAUCUUUGGCAAUAAUUUUACUUACAAGAAAAGUUUGCAGUUGGAGGUGACUCUGAGCUCCUGGAAAAAAAUGUAUCUUUAUUGUUUACAUAAAUUUUUUUAUUCUCUUU